CCUGUCCCCUCUCUAUUGGUCUAGCCCUCCAAGCUGAUUGUCUGGGCUGGUCCUGAUAGUUGUCCACCUUCCAGAGCCUCUCAGGAGUAGCCAUGAAGUCCCUAGUCCUGCUCCUUUGUUUAGCUCAGCUCUGGGGCUGCCAAUCUGCUCCCCAGGGGACAGGGCUGGGUUUUAGAGAAGUGCCUUGUGAUGACCAAGAAGCAGAGCAAGUAGCUUUGAUGGCCGUGGACUACCUCAAUCAGCAUCUUCUUCAUGGAUUCAAGCACACCCUGAAUCAGAUUGACAAAGCCAAGGUGUGGUCUCGGCGGCCCUUUGGAGAGGUGUAUGAGUUGGAAGUAGACACGCUGGAGACCACCUGCCAUGCUCUGGACCCCACCCCCCUGGCAAACUGUUCUGUGAGGCAGCUGGCCCAGCAUGCGGUGGAGGGAGAUUGUGACUUCCACGUUCUGAAACAAGAUGGCCAGUUCACUGUGAUGUACAGCAAGUGUCAUUCCACCCCAGACUCUGAAGAGGAUGUGCGUAACGUGUGUCCAUAUUGUCCACUCCUGGCCGAGGUCAAUAACAGCAGAGUGGUGCAUGCUGCCAACGCUGCCCUGGCUGCCUUCAAUGCGCAGAAUAAUGGAACCUAUUUUAAACUGGUGGAGAUUUCCCGGGGUCAAAAUGUGGAUGUCCCACCUUCUACUCUUGUGGAGUUUUUAGUAGCUGCCACUGACUGUACCACUCAAGAGGCCACAGAUCCAGCCAAAUGCAACCUCUUGGCAAAGAAGCAAUAUAGCUUCUGCAAAGCGACUCUCCACCAGAACCUUGGUGGGGAAGACGUUUCAGUGGCCUGCACAACAUUCCAAACACAGCCCCAGCCACAGAGUGUCAACACAGCAGAUCCUGCACCUACAGUGGCCCAGGCUGUGCCUGCAACCCCACCGGUUGGCUUACCCGCAUCCUUGAUGGUAGGAUCGGUGGCUGUUCCUCCAGCCCACAGAACACACUAUGACCUGCGCCACACCUCUUUACCUGCGGUCUCUGUGGAAUCAGCCUCAGGAGAAGCUCUUGGCCCACCGCGUGUGGUCCACCCUAGUGGUGCUGGCACUGGUGCUGCUGCUCCGGCGGCCCGCCUGUGCCCGGGGAGGAUCAGAUACUUCAAAGUCUAGGCUAGACUCAAUGAAAUAAAGUUUUGGCAGAGAGGGCAUGACCCCUAUUGCAUCCAAGAUUGGAGAUGAAGCUGGGGAGCUUGUCCGCUGACAAAACAAGUACCACAUUGCAGCUUGAAUUCCAGUUCUUUUCAUUCCUCGGAGAACAGGGGCAGAGAGGUGGUGACCGUAUUUGAUGACAGGCGUAAAGCCAGCAGCAGCACUGCCACUGUUGUGCCUUCUCACUGACCUCAUUAAAAAAAAAAAAAAAAUGCAACUGUGACUUUCAAAGGUGCUCUUGUUAAUCUUAUAUCUACCCAUAAAUAAAAGUGCCCAGAGGAGCUUUCUUACCUAAGAAGGUUCUGAGUGCAAAUGUG